UGGGAAAAUUUUUUCAAUCUGACGUCUCAAAUUUCUGGGGGGAAUCGAUACUAUAAACGAUUCAUAAUUGAAUUUUGCCUAUUUUUUGGAAUAAUUGGAUACUGGAGUUUGGAAAUGUACUACUUUGUGUAUUCAAAGAUUGGGAACGAUUACCAGUACUUGUUUCUCAUGGUGACCCCGGUCGUCGUGGGGUAUUACCACUCGACCUUUGCCUUCCUCCAAGUUUACGUGAUGAUUUGGUAUUUGGAAAUUUUGAAACAAAUUCAUAUCAGCGCGAGAAGAAAUCUAGGGAGACAAAAAAUUGUUGGAAAUCGUAUUUCAACCCCAAACUUGCACCCAUAUUUCGAUAACGAGGAAACAUUGAUCGAAGCCAGUUCGAAGAACUUGAUCGAUCUCUAUGCCCAGGUGGACGUGCAAAUUAAGGAUUUCGGCAAACUGUUCGGCUCCUGGAUAACGGUGGAUAUUGGACACAGCGGGUUACGAAUAAUUUUUUCUGGCUAUUUUAUCGCGUCUCUGCUCGGAAAGGAUGAGCCCAGGUUGAUGCAAGUUGUCCAGAAUUUCCUCACCGUGAUGGUCUACUUUUACCUGGUCGUCAUGGUGGCGAAAAGAGGCUCCGAGUUGGGGGCGAAGAGUGACGAGAUUGUGACCGAUUUGGACGCUCUUGCCCGGCGGGAAGGUCUGAAUGGAGGAGGGGAAUUAAAAUUGAGGGGCAUUCGGGUCAAGACGAAAUUCAUGACGGUGGAUUUAGGCAUUGUGAUUCCGAUAGUGGCAACCAUAACGACAAAUUUGUUGGUGCUGAUUCAAUUUCAUAGUGGUGCGAGAGGCGAACAAUACCCUCGUCGAAUAGUUGACAUGAAACUUUCACGAAGAUCUUUAAACGUACAUACAUAAAUGAGAAUAUUUAGCAAGUUAACGAACGAACCACACAUUUAUUGAAAUUCAUUAACUUGAUUUAUACAAAAUUUAAUGAGGUGGUCCAGCACGUGGUAACAUUAUCACUUAUAAAUAUGUAAAAAGUAAACAUUUUGAACAUACAUAUUUCAUUAAUUGGUAAAACUAAUAAAAAAAUUUAUAAAA